AUGCUUAAUAAUAUUGUUUUCACACAGAACAACAGAACUGACCGAAAAUCGCCCAAUGAUCUGCAAAAGCUCACAGUGAAAUCACUUUCCGUGUCGGUAUGUCAGGAGGCGAAGAAUUUAGGAAAAUAUAACAGAACCCAUCCAAUUUCGGAUAGACAGAUCUGCACAUUCAAAAGGCGACGCCAAGGCAUCUGUACGGGUGAUUCUGGUGGUCCGCUGGUGAAUAAAGGGGAGGUGGUGGGAAUAACUUCGUGGGCGAUUCCCUGUAGCCGCGGCCUUCCUGAUGUCUUCACAAGAGUUUUCUCAUUCCUAGACUGGAUAAAGAAACACACAAGUGACUAG